CAGGCCUGAGCGGGCGAGGCCAAAAGACGGUGGCCCCGCGGAGGCGGGAGAGGGGCCAUGGCUGAGGCACCUGGAACCAGCGGCGAAUCUCAAGGCCACUCAGCCACUCAGCCGCCAGCGGAAAAAACUGUCGGGGGACCACCGAGCUGCGGCCGGCGCUCCGUGCUCAGAGUGUCCCAGCUGGUGCUCCGGGCCAUCGCCGCUCACAAAGGGCUGACUCUGGCCACCCUCAGGAAGGAGUUCGGAAACGCCGGCUACGAGGUGCGCAGGAAGAGUGGCCGCCACGAGGCGCCCAGGCGGGAGGCCACGGGCACGCUCCUCCGGGUCAGCGGCAGCGACGCCGCGGGUUACUUCAGGGUCUGGAAGGUUCCGAAGCCUAAAAGAAAGCCGGGGCGGGCGAGGCCGGAGGAGGGCGCGCGCGGUCCCCGGAGGACCCCAGCCGCGCCCCGGAGACCCCGGAGGCGGCGCCGCACGCGCCUUCGCAAGGCUGCCAGGAAGGCCAGAGAAGUGUGGAGACGGCUCGCGAGGGCGAAAGCCAGGGCCAGGGCCAGGGCGAGGAGAGCCAGGAGGGCGACGCUGAGAGCCAAGGAGCGGCAGGGUGCCAGGGCCAAGGAGGAAGCGGGGAGCACAGCGGCAGGCGGGCGAGGACGGGCCGCGAGGGAACGCCCUAGGCUGAGGUCAGGGCAGGGCAAGAGGCGAAGCUCCAAGCCCGGGGAAGAGAAGCAGGAGCCCAGGAAGCCCACACAGCAGACCAUCCAGAAGCCAACGCCGGCUAAAACCGACCGGACAUCUAGCGGGCAGGGGAAGACUCCACUAAAGACUUCCUCAAAGACCAGCUCUAGAUCUGAAGGUCUUCGGAAUGCAGUCAAGAAUGCCUCUAGUGGGAGCAGCUUCUCUCCGACCCAGAACCCAUGCGUUUCCCCCAUAGAUCCCAAGAAGAGCGUCUCUCAAACUAAUUGAAAUGAAAUAGACCUCUCGACCA